AUGAUGUUUACUCCAAUUCUAAUUGCUUCUUUUAUUUCAUCCAUUAAUGCCGCGGCUAUAAUAUCUCGUUCACAAUCCUACCCAUUAUCUCAGCGCAGUGCGCUCGGCCCCCAAACCACACUUACCAUAGGCAAUAAUGACAUCGCUCCCGAUGGCUACUCACGCUCAGCGACUCUUGUUAAUGGCGAAUUCCCUGGACCCUUGAUUUCAGCGCAGAAGGGAGAAAACUUUUCCAUUUUGGUGGCCAACCAGCUCACAGAUACCUCCAUGUUCACGGUUACCAGCGUCCAUUGGCACGGCAUCUACCAGAAUGGGACGAGCUAUGCCGACGGAACGAGCACCGUCACGCAAUGCCCCGUUGCGCAGAACCAAUCUUAUUUGCACACUUUCUCGGCCCAGAACCAGACAGGCACUUUCUGGUAUCACAGUCAUUAUUCUGUUCAAUAUUGCGAUGGUCUCAGGGGAGCGCUGGUUAUUUAUGAUCCCGACGACCCUUUGGGAUACAUGUACGACGUCGACGAUGAGAGCACCGUGAUCACGCUUUCCGACUGGUAUCAUGCAGAGGCCACCGUCUUGCGCUAUAUCAUAGGCAAUGUCGCCGACUCCACGCUCAUCAAUGGACUUGGUCGCUAUGCUGGCGGACCCGCGUCUGAUCUAGCUGUGAUCAAUGUCGAGCAGGGAAAGCGGUAUCGCAUGCGCCUGAUUUCAAUGUCGUGCGAUCCCAACUUCCUGUUCUCCAUCGAUGGUCAUAACAUGACCGUCAUCGAAGCGGAUGGACAGGCGACCGAACCCCUCGAGGUGGAUCAGCUCCAGAUUUUUGCGGGUCAACGUUACUCUGUGGUUUUGGUCGCCGAUCAACCGACAGACAACUACUGGGUACGCAGCCUUCCUGAUACAGCCAAUGCAUCCUUUGUUGGAGGAACAAACUCUGCUAUCCUACGCUACCAAGGCGCCCCGCAGGUCGAGCCGACUACGGUCAAUACUACAUCCACGAACCCAUUGGUGGAGACUAAUUUGCAUGCUCUGAUCGAUCCCGCUGCUCCUGGCAUUCCAGAAUAUGGGGCGGCUGAUAUCAACCUCAACCUCGCAGUUUCCAUCGACAACGGAAUCUUCUACGUCAACAACGUCUCAUUCGCAGCGCCCACCGUUCCUGUCCUACUCCAAAUUCUCAGUGGAGCUCAAGAUGCUACUCAGCUGCUGCCAAAUGACAGCGUCAUCAUUCUCGAGGCCAACAAAGUGGUAGAAUUGACAUUGUCGACCACUGGUGUGGGUGGACCCCAUCCCGUCCAUAUGCAUGGGCAUUCCUUCAGCGUCGUACAGAGCGCGGGCAACAGCAGCUUCAAUUACGUGAACCCUGUUCGUCGCGAUGUCGUAAGCGCUGGCAGUCUAGGGCAACAAAUGGUGAUACGAUGGGUGACCGACAAUUCUGGCCCCUGGUUCUUGCAUUGUCACAUUGACUGGCAUCUCGACGUUGGUUUUGCUGUUGUAAUGGCUGAAAGCCCCUCAGAAACCAUCGCAAAUAUGCAAACAGCGCCACCCGCAUGGGAUCAGUUAUGUCCGACCUUUAACGCUCUCACACCCUCGCAGUUGGGGGGUGCGAGUCUCGACCUUUACGAAGCAGCUGCCAAUAUGUCCGAUAGCCUUUACCCACCACCAGCGCCCCUCCCUUCAUCUGCAUAG